AUGCCGGCCGAAAGGCGUUCUUUGCGAUCAAACAACAAAUCCGACACCUCUUCAUCUGCUAACGGUGAAAAGGCUCGCUCGAACUCGCAGAGCUCGAAUACUAAAGACAAGGCCGCGCCCACCACCCGCGCCGCGGCGAACAAGGCCAAGUCGGCCCCGGCAAAGAAAGGCGCCAAGGGCGCAUCGAACGCCGGCAUGGGCGAGAAUGACCAGUCGCACGUCAACGGGUCGAAGUCGACUGAGAAUGGUGUGAAUGGCUCCGAGGAUGUUGAGAUGGGAGAGGAUACGGCAGGUGCGCCUACAUCCUCAUUCAACACCAGUAAGGAUCGGAAAGGUGACGAGAAGAUGACUGUUGUAGUGCCCCCUACCAAGGGUUCCAGAUCAUCCGGCAAGGAUACCGAGGAGGACGUGACAAUGGAAGGUGCGGAGGAAGAGGAGAAGACCGAGCACGAGGUCGAUCCAACAACCAAGGCGAUUCAAGAUAUCAAAACCAACUUUACUUUGCUCGAGCGAGCCGUCGCCCACUUCGACCCCAGAUUUACCCUCCGUGUCCUGCGAUCGAUAUCCUCGAUGCGGAAAUACAUCACCCCCGAGGUCCUCGCCGAGGUCAUCGUGGAGACCUACCCGGCUUCGAGCGUGACGGCAUCGUUCCUCUUGGACGCCAUCGACCAGGCGGGUGCUUUCGAGAGUGCCCUGGCCAGCUCGAAGAUGGAGGUGGAUUCGGAGAAGAACAAGGCCGCCCCCAAGGAGAUCCUUCCCGAGGUGGAUGCAUACCUGUCCAUUCUGGUACAGAUCUACCUGUUCGACCAGCGAGACUUCCAGAAGGGAGGCCAGUUCUCGACAGAUCUCAUUGAGCGCCUGCGCGCCCUCAACCGCCGUACGCUGGAUUCUCUCGCCGCUCGCGUGUACUUUUACUACUCUCUCUUCUUCGAGCAACUCGCUCCGCUCCCCCCAUCUCCUGCAGCUGCCGUGACUACUAUCCGUCAGCCGCUGUUGGCCGCUCUGCGGACCGCCGUUCUUCGAAAGGAUGUCGACACGCAGGCUACCGUGAUGACCCUGCUGCUCCGCAACUACCUGUCUACUUCCCACAUCUCGCAGGCAGACCUUUUGAUCUCUCACAACCGGUUCCCCACUGCGGCUUCCAACAACCAGAUUGCGCGGUAUCUGUACUACCUUGGGCGCAUUCGUGCCAUCCAGCUGCAAUACACGGAAGCCCAUAGCCACCUGAUCGGGGCCACCCGCAAGUCCCCCGCCAGCCACAGUGCCCGUGGGUUCUACCAGGCCUCCCACAAGCUGCUGGUGGUGGUCGAGCUGCUGAUGGGUGAUAUCCCGGAUCGCGGGGUCUUCCGCCAGCCGGCCUUAGAACGGGCCAUGCACCCGUACUUCUUACUGGCGCAGGCCGUUGGCGUUGGAGACCUGGACGGGUUCUUGAACAUCGUCAACACACACAGUGCCACGUUCCGGAAGGAUGGCACGUAUACCCUUAUUCUGCGUCUGCGACAGAAUGUCAUCAAGACUGGCAUCCGUAUGAUGUCGUUGUCCUACUCGCGAAUCUCUCUGCGGGAUAUUUGUCUCCGUCUGGGCCUGGACAGCGAGGAGUCAGCCGAAUACAUCGUGGCCAAGGCCAUUCGGGAUGGCGUGAUCGAGGCGACUCUGGACCAUGAGCAUGGUUUCAUGAAGAGUAAGGAGGUGGGCGAUAUUUACGCCACGAGAGAACCUGGGGAGGCAUUCCACGACCGUAUCCAUGCCUGUCUGGCCCUGCAUGACGAGAGUGUCAAGGCCAUGCGUUUCCCGAUGAACCAGCACCGUCUGGAGCUGAAGAGUGCCCAAGAGGCGCGGGAGCGAGAGCGGGAGCUUGCCAAGGAGAUCCAGGAGGGAGACAUGGACGACGAGGAUGCUGGAGGCGAUUUCGACGCCAUCUAA